ACUAUGGCUUUGCCUCAUUCCCUUCCACAAACUCCAUCAUGUUUACUUCCCCCUCCAUCAUGUUUGCGCUGCUCGGCUUCCUCGCUGGCGCCAAUGCGUGUAUACAGUGCCCAGCCACAGUGAGGGUCGGCGGUGGUGUCAAUAAACUACGCGAUACCAACAUACAUGACCAGUUCACAUAUUGCAACUACGAUCAUGUCCCGCUCUACACUUCCACUGUUUACUGUAUGUACUACACCGAUAACGGAAAGUUGGCGUAUCAGCCUGAGUCUGUUUCUUGUCCUGCUGCAGCAACUGUGAAGGAUCACUGCCCAACGUGAUGUAAAGAGGUGGGGGAGACGAGACACCCAACAG